AUGGCGGGGUGGGCCGCCCACCGGCGUGGCGCGGUGUCGAUGUCUUUUGGACGGCGCGCGAUCGGCGGGGUUCCGCGGACGCAUGUCAAGGCGGCGGAAAGCGGUCGUUGGCCUGUCGGAGCGCGCCACUUCUGGCGCCUGAGGGCACGGCGCAUUGAGUGGGGCGGGCUUGGGAGCCGGCGGUGUCGCUGGGGUCCCAAACGGAGCGGCGGCGUUGCGGCGAGGUCUCUUUUCGGCUGGGGCAAGAAAGCUCGGGAGGACGGGAAUAGUGAUGGCGGCGCGCCGAUGAAGGACAAGAUUGCGAAGGAAGUCGAGGAGAUGCCGAUCAAAGGCAAGACUGCAAACGGGGAGACAGAACAAUUUAGUUGGGAGCUGGACGAGUCCAUUGGCCAACCAAUAAUCUCCAAACCCCAGAGCCAAUGGGUUGAGGACUCCAGGGGCACUGGGGAAUUGUGGAAGGAGGUGAACGAUGAGGUCAAAGAUGUCAUAGGCACUGUCCGUGCCAUCCAUGAUGCGCGUGGUCUUGAACCCAUGGACAAGAAAUCCGAGAGGAGACUGAGAGGCGCAUUUGGAAAACUGAUGUUCAUCAAGAUGGAGUCUGGCAAGAGGGAGCAAAUCAGAGAGGCACUCAAGAUUUCUGGCUUGGGCGACCUGGCCGAAUCUGAGGAGGUCUUCAUCAAGACAUCCAAGAAAGAUGAUGAAGAGGUGCAAGCUAUCCCAAUGGCGCGCAACACAUUAGGCAGUGCAGAAAUUGUGGGAGAAGGCGGUGGCCCAGUAGGUUCCCAGGGUGAAGGCACCCAGCAGCUUGGGGAGGGUGUGACCCCACAGUGGUGGAUCGAGCUGCCAUACAUCUGUGUGCUGCGGAUGAAGGCCGGCCAUGCCCUGUACAUGGUAGACCUGGGAUUGAGCCGUGAAGAACGGUACACAGUGAUCGGCUUUGAGGAUCCAUACGAAGCUCAUGUGGCAGCCAACCCCUCCCUUGGCUGGUUCGAUUCAAGGCUCCCGGACGGCGUCAGACCCAGUGACCCGAAGGUGUGGUCUAAAGGCGUGGACAUCACCUGGAUGUCACCAAAGGAGUUCCAAGCAUUGCUGGAGAGGAAGGGGCUCCAGGGCAGCGUGGUUCCGGCAGGGACUCUGUCAGCAUCAGCAGUGAAGAAACUGAAGGAUACACAAGCUGUGACACAGAUCAUCAGACAGGUGUGCACCAGUGAGGAAUGGCAGCAGCAUGUUUCACGCAAUGCAGUGCCCAUCGCGAUCGACAGCAGCACGGAUCGCUCUGAGCAGAUAACAGAUGUCCCAGGCCCAGAUGAGGAGGACCCUUCUUCGCAUGUGCCACUGCAAGGCUCCACAGAAGAUGGCAGCCAGCAACGCCUGCCCGAUUCUGUGGUGCCGGAACAGGCAACCAGCACAUCACCAGAUAAUGGCGUAGCUGGCAGCACAACGGAGGAAGACGGGAGUGGGAUGGCAAGCAAACCAGGAGGUCCAUCUGUGUUUGCUGCACAGAUAAGGGCACAGAAGGGCAAGAUAGUUGACAGGUUCAAGGCAAGGUCAAGAGAGAGGGAAGGAAGUGGCUCUGGCUCGUCGGUCGCAUUUCCUGUCGGAGGGAUGAAUGAGAAUGCACUAGAUUUCGAGGAUGGAGGCCUGAAUACCUCAAGCUCGAAAGCCUCUGAAGAGAUGGACACUUCAAGGGGGAGAGAUAGCGAGGCUGAGGCCAGUGAUUUGCUGUCUGGCAAUGGAACAGGGCAGGGUUCUGAAGGUUCAAUUGGAGCACCAGAAUCUGAGUCUUUUCAAAAUGCAGGUGCAAAGCGCGGCAAGCCAUCGUGGUGGCUGUCUUUGCAUGAGUUACACGUACCAAUGAUCAAGCAGCCAGAAGAUAGCGGUGGACAUGUCCAGCUCAACUUGUCGCCAUUGGCGGGAGAGAAGGACUUUAAAGUGAUCCUGUUUGAGGAGGCCGCGGACGCCAAAGAGUUUCUUGGGGUGGUUGGGCCUAUGAUUGGUGGCGAGGAAGCCAUGGUAGGCCUGGUCACAACCACGCCAGAGGCGUUCUUGAAGAGGAAUCCAGCAUAUAAUGGUCAGCAAGACAUCCUCGUUCUGUGCAAAGGGGCGCUGAUGGUCAAACGCGGCAUGACAUUUGAGGAAGUUCUGGCUGCUGUCUCUGUGGCAGAGACUGCCACUGGGAUCAAGCAAGGAGAAGACGGCAGGGGGGACAGUGGGGGCGAUGUGGAUGACGACAUGCUGCAGGGACUCGCAAAGGAGGUUGUGGAUCUUGGAGCACAAACGGCAGAGAUGUUCAUGCAGGCGAGGGCGGAGGCCGGGAGUUCAGGUGUGGAGUCGCCAGAGGGGACUGCAGAUGGCCCUGGUGUGGCCCCUGGCGUCCCCGAGCCAGUCCCUGACAACCUGGUGUCCAGUGCUUCAGCAUCGCAGAAUGGGUUUGACAUAAUGCCGGGAACCUCCCAGAAUGCUGAAAAGGUGCCCAGCAACAGCCAGAAUGGCAUGAACGGCAGCUGUGGAGGUGGAGCACUGGAACCACUGUCCACAGGCAGUGGGUCCUAUGGUUCUAAUGGGUCCAACAGUAACCCAGCCAUCGUAUCUGAUCCUCAAAAGCCCAGGAAAUUCGUUGGCCAUGACAUGCAUGAGGCAGGUAAAGAGUCUGGCCAGCCCUCAGCCACACCCACGCCUGUCUCUGCCACAAACGGCAAGCUUGAGGAGGACGAUGAAGAUGUGUUUGAGCCCACAGUUGUGCACCCCCCAUCCGACAGGGAUGGAAGAACGGGCACGCGGUGGUUUUCAUACUUGAAAGCCAUCUUCAUGAUGAUGUACAUGGAUGGUGAAAACAACCCCAACAUACUGGCGUUCCAGGACGAGGAGACGGGCCUUAAGAUCGCCGUAGGGUUCCAAGACAGGGUCGAUGCGGCACACUGCCUGGAGUGCAUGAAGCUGUGGGAGGACGCUGAUAAGGUGGCGGUUGCCUGGAUGCCGAUGGACCCAGCAGACGUGAUCGACCUGUGCGACAAGACGGGCGUCCGGUCGGCGAUUUUCCGGAAGGGAUCCGUGCCCAUGUGGCUGGGGAUGAGCCGUGAGGAUUUCAGCAACAACGUCAUUUUGUUGUCAAUGGCGCAGUCAGGAGACUUUGGGAUGUGA